GUACUUUAUCCAAGUUGCCAGCAGAGCUGAUGCGACACUCACGUAGUGACACCACUGGUUUCUUGUUCUUGUUUGUAAUUCCUUGUGGAAGAUAUCCGGCCUGCUUUCUCUUCCCAGUUUCUUACUUUCCGAGAAAUCCUCUCAACGCAUAAUUCAGCACAUUUACAGCUUUCCAUCCCCCUUACGCAGAGCAUCGCGCUCCAGAACCCGGUCAGACAGCAUGUCGGAAAUAUUCAUCAACCACAUCACCCGAUGGCUCUUUAGCUCGCCGCCCGCCGAGUGGGCAAUAAAUCAACUGCGCGAACUCCUCAUUGGAGCCUUGAAGCAAGGACCAGUCCCUCAACAUGUUGCAUUCGAGAUGGACGGCAAUAGGCGGUAUGCCCGCGGCAGGAAGAUGGAGACGAUAGAGGGCCACCACCACGGUUUCGAAGCCCUAGCAAGAGUUCUCGAGAUUUGUUACAAGUGCGGCGUCAAAGUCGUGACCGUCUACGCCUUCAGUAUAGAAAACUUCAACCGCCCGCAAUACGAGGUCGAUGGGCUUAUGCAGCUGGCCAAGGUGAAGCUCGAACAGUUGACAAAACAUGGAGAUAUCCUGGAUCGAUACGGCGCGGCGGUUCGUGUGCUUGGACAGAGAGAUCUGAUCCGCAAGGACGUUCUGGAGGUGGUCGACCGGGCAGUUGACAUGACCAAGUACAACAAGCAAAACGUGCUGAACAUUUGCUUCCCGUAUACGUCGCGGGAAGAGAUGACAACGGCCGUGCGAUCCACAGUGCAGGAGUAUAUGAUGCCCCCUGGACCCAAGUUCACGCCCUUCCCGGCUGCUCGCAUCUCGCAAAAGAUCAUGUCGAAGCAACUGGAGCACCGAGAGCCCCUUCCGACCAUCCGGGACACAUCGCCAGCUCCUUCUUCACGGUCAGAUGAUGGUGCGUCGUCGUCGACUACUCUUCCUCCCGACUCGCCUUCACCGCCGAGGCAUAACGGUGCCGCAGGCGGGCACUGCCUGAAGAAUCCAGAGACUAUCACGGCUGAGACACUCAACAAUCAUAUGUACACUGCUGGAAACCCUCCGCUGGAUAUCUUUGUGAGAACUAGUGGCGUAGAAAGACUCAGCGACUUCAUGCUUUGGCAGUGCCACCAAGACACGCACAUUUUCUUCUUGAAGUGCCUUUGGCCCGACUUCGACCUGCAGCACUUCUUGCCUGUGCUUCUGGAGUGGCAGUGGAGGCAGAAGCAAAUUGAGAGAGACGAGCGGCCGAGACAAGCGACGGCCAAGGCGCGAAAGCUUGCCUGAACCUGUCCAACUGAACAUAACGGCCGAAGGUUUCCAUGGAUAGGCGUUACUUAGUUGAUUGUCAUUGUUGUGUCUAGCUGGAAAGAACCAGCUUUGAGGUGGUGUGCUCGUGGUAGAGAGACCACAAGGAGGGAUGGCGGACCUGAUACCACGAAGGAGUGUUUGUAAACCAUAUUGAUAUCCAUCAAAUUCGAUUUUCUUAGACAAAGUGUUGUUUAUAUGUAAGAGGAGACGUUGGCCGCGCAUCUGCAAAUUAUGGCAAGGUAUACUUGACGGCGGAAUGGCUUCUGGAAUGUUACAAAGGAACGCCUACCUUACUCCGGACAUGGACUUCUUCAAGUUGUGGCGUCAACGAUGCGAUACCCCAGGAAUGACGCAGUUGAUGUGGCUGACCGGAGAUUGCCAGUGUUUGCU